AUGGCCGUCUAUGGAGAGCAGGUGUUGCCUCAUGCUCCGGCUGCUUACUGGAAAUCCUUCUGUGAAACCUUGCUCGCACAAGACCAGCUGGAUUGGGUCCUGCCCUACCUUCCUUUUAACGACAAGGCGAAGACCAUGGCGGUGGCAGUGGUGCUGCGACGGGACAUUGAAUCCGAGUUGGAGACGGCGGUGGAGGCGUGGGUGGCGGAUGACGCCUCUUAUCGCCACGCAUUGCAGGAAAGCUUGAGCAAGCUGACCAUGAAUGGUUUACGGGCGGUCAGUCAACAGCCACGGGUGGCUGCCAUGGUGGAGCAAGCCAUUGCGACUUUGGCCACGCCGGCAGACGGUCUCGUCCCGCCUGCCACACCCGGACAGGUGAUAUUUGAAAGCAGUUGGACCCCUGGCACGUCUCCGGCUGCCUUGUCAAUGACGCGGAGUCCCACGAUAGCACGGGCAUCUGCAACGAGCAUGGUUCCUUCAAGGUCUCCACCAGUUGUUUUGGAUGUGCAGGCCGAUCAGGGCGGGGAGACAUCUGACGUUGUUGGGCCGGCGCAAGCGGAAAGCCCCGGUCCCAUGGGUAUGGGUGGGCUGUUUGUGACACCCGACUUGGAUCAAUUGGUAUAUUCAACUCCACGCAAGGUGACUGUGGACACUGAAGGAGAGAUGGAUGAUGUUGUGAAGCCUUUACCCAGGUGGCCCGAGUUGGGUCCAGGGGUAGCGGUCGGGGUGGCGGCGAACCCAGCUUCCCCAGCACGCCGGCCUUUGUUGAGCGAGGGCGAUGAAUCAGUGUACUACUCGGCGUUGCCGUCGCCCAUCUCCCGGUCUCCGCCCGAAGUGGACGUGGUGGACUAUGAGCCAGCCGCCUCUGUCGAGCCGCCGACGGAGCGAGCAACGCGUGCGUCGACCGAGGCACCGGCCAUACCAACGCUACGUAUGUCUGCGUAG